GAACUUUGUCGGACACUACGUGGCCAUACAAUUUACACGUGUAGUUCCACCUCACCGCCAAGAAAAAUACAAGACCGCCGCAUUUCCCAUUUCCAUCGGCACAACCACCAUGGCCACCGCCACCAUGCUCAUCUCUCUCAUUCUCUUCCUUCUUCCUACCUCUCACUGCUCUGAACUCGACGGAAACCACCACAUCCACCUCCCCGACUCCGAUGCGGAUCUUCUCGAGUUCCCACUAAAUCUAGAGUACUUGGAAGCGGAGUUGUUCUUAUGGGCGUCAGUUGGCCGUGGCCUCGACGCCGUCGCUCCCGAACUCUCGGGCGGUGGUCCGCGGCCGAUCGGCGGCAGAAUGGCCAGCCUCGAUCCUUUCACGAAAGAUGUUAUCCUCCAGUUUGGUUUGCAGGAAGUCGGACACUUAAGGGCGAUUAAGAAGAGAGUGGAGGGAUUUCCGAGGCCGCUGCUGAAUUUGACUAAAGAAGCAUUCGGAGAUGUGAUGGACAGCGCAUUUGGGAGGCCUCUGAAGCCACCGUUCGAUCCAUACGCGAAUGAACUCAACUUUCUCCUCGCAUCGUACGUUGUCCCUUACGUUGGACUCACUGGAUACGUCGGAGCAAAUCCCAAACUCAUAAGUUCCAUCGCCAAGAAACUGGUGGCGGGGCUUCUGGCGGUGGAGUCAGGCCAAGAUGCGAUUAUCCGGGGGAUGCUCUACAAGCGAGCGGAGGACGAGGUGAAGCCUUACGGCGUCACGGUGGCGGAGUUCACCAACAGGAUCUCGGAGCUGAGAAAUAAGCUGGGAAGCUGCGGAGUGAAGGAUGAAGGCCUCUUGGUGAAGAAAGCCCAAGGACCGGAGGGGAAGACUAAAGGCAACAUCCUGGCCGGAGACGAGGACUCUCUGGGAUAUGGCAGAACGCCGGAGGAAAUACUGAGGAUUGUGUACGGCGGAGGAGACGAGCACGUGGCCGGCGGCUUCUACCCGAAGGGAGCUCGCGGCAGAAUCGCCGAAGUACACCUCAAAGGGAAUGGAUGCUGCAUCCAUAAAGCUUCAUUUUGAAGUAUUUGGACUGUCUUCAGUUUCGGUGUUUAUGUAACUGAUGUUUGCAGUGAAACACAUAACAGCUUGAGCUUUAUCUUCAUCGUAUUUGCAUGGGGCUUUACUUUAAGAUUGUGUUUAAAAUAUAGUUUCAACGGAAAAGUAUAAUAUUACCAUAAACCUCAGAUUCUGCGAAUUGAGGUUAUGGAACAAAGAUUAAUUACCACCUAUAGAAGAGCCUCAACUCUCGGUUGGAUGUAUAGUUUUGUAUGUCUUUUAACAUUUCUUAAUAUUUGCAGUUAGGUUCCACCAAACGACAACACCCAUUUGUUGCAGUGGAAUGGAAUUGCACUU